ACAAUUCUAAUUGACUUAGAUUCAUAAACUACAAAAACCCACUCAUUCAAUCAUGACUUCCGUUUACUUUGAUGUCUCCGCCAAUGGCCAACAAUUAGGUAGAAUUACCUUCAAGUUGUACGACGAUGUCGUUCCAAAGACCACUGAAAAUUUCAGAGCCUUAUGUACCGGUGAAAAGGGUUUUGGUUACGCUGGUUCUUCUUUCCACAGAGUCAUUCCUCAAUUCAUGUUGCAAGGUGGUGACUUCACCAACGGUAACGGUACCGGUGGUAAGUCCAUCUACGGUGCUAAGUUUGCUGACGAAAACUUCGCCAAGAAGCACGACAGACCAGGAUUAUUGUCCAUGGCCAAUGCCGGUCCAAACACCAACGGUUCCCAAUUCUUUAUCACCACCGUUCCAUGUCCUUGGUUAGAUGGUGCCCACGUUGUCUUUGGUGAAGUCACUGACGGUUUCGACCUCGUUAAGAAGAUUGAAUCUUACGGUUCCGCUUCUGGUAGAACUUCUGCCAAGAUCACCAUUGAUGCUUCUGGUCAAUUAUAAGUAAUCCAAUUCUAUAAAAAUUGAUGAUUCUUUUGAAUUGUCUCUAUAUGUUUUGUAAGUGUAUAAAAUAUUAAGAACGGUAUUGUUUUCGA